AUGGACUGCGUUGCAACCGGGGGAAAUGUGAAAGCACUUGCAAAGGCUAUACACUCCCUGUCAAAGAUUGGAGAGGAGCUCUACCUCGAGCCUCAGGACAAUGGGCUGGCUCUGAGAUCGGUGAACUCGUCACGGUCAGCAUUUGCCUGUUUCCUGCUGUCGCCACUCUUCUUCCAGAGAUACCGAACUGACCCGGACCACAGCUUCCGCUGUAAAAUACCCAUCAAGAGUGUGCAGGCUGUUUUUAAAUCUAUCUCUUCUCUGGAGCGGUCGGUGGAGAAAUGUCACAUCCAGAUGAACAGUGAGAAGAAUCGUUUGACUGUCGCCCUUCACUGUAAACAUGGGCUGCUGAAGACACACAACUUGUCAUACCAAGACAGUGAGAGCCUGCAGGCAGUGUUUGAUAAGGAGAGCUGUGCUAACGUACUCCGGGCCCAACCCAGGCUGCUGGUGGAUGCGGUGCUGCAUUUCCCCCUGUCUCAGGAGGAGGUGACGGUGUCAGUGAAGUCAGAUCGAGUGUGGCUCAGGAACCGUGUGGAGGACGAUGCUGAUCCGUCUCGAGCGAUGAUGACUGAGCUAUGUUUGAGUGCUGAAGAGUUUGAUCAUUUUUCUAUUGGUGCUGAGACCAGUAUCACUUUCUGUCUCAAAGAACUCAGGGGGCUGCUGGUGUUUGCUGAGUCCUCUGGUCUGCCUAUCUCUGUGUUUUUUUCACAGCCUGGCAGUCCAGUUGUCCUAAAUGUGUCAGACAGCGUACUGGAGGUUAACUUUGUUCUGGCCACUUUGUCAGAGGGACUUUCAGCUUCAUGGACCAAGGCAACAAAAAACAGCAGUGCUAAAACGACCCCGCCCCCAGAUGAUUUCAUGAGCGAUGACAUGGACUCCUACCUUAUUGCCAUGGAAACCAGCGAACUUCCAGGGCCUUCUGUUGACCCACAACCUUGCACCAUAAACCACAGAAUGCAAUUGGGCAGUGAAAGUGAAGAGGAGGAAGAGGAACAGAUAGAUAGACCCCCCAAUAAAAAGUUCUGUUCAGUGUUUUUUGGGUCAGUUCUCCACAACUCUCAGCUGACCAAUCAAACAGUCCAACGUCAGCAAGUGCUGGCCAGUGACAGUGAGGAUGAACAAUAGGGAUGUUACCAAGAAGACCAUGAUUGACGUCUCUGUA